UUUUAACAUAUCUAGUAUUUUACAAGCUUAGAUUGUUAUAGACCUACACCAAGAUCAAGAUUGACAGCCAUGGGAGAAGUUGAUCAAGCUUUCAUCCAAGAGCCUGAACACAGACCUAAACUCUCCAUCAUCGAACCCGAAGGCAUACCAUUGAUAGACCUCUCUCCAUUAAGCUGCCCAGACUCGAUUUCUGACCCUAAAGCCAUUGAAGUGCUUGUUAGAGAAAUCGGCAAUGCAUGCAAGAACUGGGGCUUCUUCCAAGUGAUCAACCAUGGAGUGCCACAGGAAAAGCGCGAGAAGGUUGAGACUGCGGCCAGGAAGUUCUUUGCCCAGCCUUUGGAGGAGAAGAGGAAGAUUAGGAGGGAUGAAAUACGUGUGGUAGGUUACUUUGACACUGAGCAUACCAAAAAUGUUAGAGACUGGAAGGAGGUGUUUGAUUUCCUUGUGGAGGAGCCUACAUUAGUUCCCUCCUCGACUGAGCCUGAUGACAAGGGGGAGACACAGUGGUUUAAUCAAUGGCCUGAGAACCCUCCUGAAUUAAGGGAGGUGCUUGAAGAAUAUUCUCAAGAAGUAGAAAAGCUAUCUCUAAAGUUGAUGGGACUAAUUGCGUUGAGCCUAGGCUUGCCAGAAGACAGGUUCAAAGGCUACUUCAAGGACCAAACCAGUUUUAUCAGACUCAAUCACUAUCCACCUUGCCCUUCCCCUCAGUUAGCACUCGGUGUUGGUCCCCACAAGGAUGCCGGUGCCUUAACUGUACUGGCUCAAGAUGAGGUUGGAGGAUUGGAGGUGAAGCGAAAAACAGAUGGAGAGUGGAUUCGGGUCAGACCAACACCAAAUGCCUAUAUCAUCAAUGUUGGUGACAUUCUUCAGGUAUGGAGCAACGAUAAAUAUGAGAGUGCGGAACAUAGGGUGAUGGUAAACUCAGAGAAGGAAAGGUUUUCUGUUCCCUUCCUUCUCUUCCCAGCACACUACACAGAAGUGAAGCCUUUGGAGGAGCUCACCAAUAAACAAAACCCUGCAAAGUAUAGGCCCUAUAGCUGGGGCAAGUUUAUGACUCUUAGAAAGCUCAGUAAUUUCAAGAAACUCAAAGCUGAAAACAUCCAAAUCUAUCAUUUCAGGGUUUCAGAUUAAGCGAGUUAGGAGUUUAAUUACUGAGCGACAAUAAUGUUAUUUCAUCUCCCUAAAUAAUGUUUUCACUGUGAUAACAAUGUAUGGAGUAUAUUAUCGGUGUAAGAAAAUAAUGUCAUGUUGUAUACAGCCUAGAGUAGUCGUCUUAAACAUGGUUUGAUUAUUGUACGAUGUCAGCAACAAAAUGACUACAAACAUAUUAUUAUGGUAAGAGAAAUUUUAUCUUCACCAUGCUCCAAGAAAAA